AUGCUGCGGCUUUGCGCCCUCGCCGGGUUCAAGGACGUUGGGAUUGCUCGGUUAAGUUUGCAGGCCGGGUCGAGCAGGCUUGUGCCUGCGAGGAGGGAUGCUUACGUAAUCCGGCUCUUGAUAGCAGACCACCAGCGCAAGCUUGGAACGUGCCCCAUCGAAAAACUCACCACAAGAACCAAAAAAAGUAGCCCAUCGACUCUGCUAGUCCGAUCUACUUAUCGUUAUCAUCCGGAUACCCAGCAGCAAGCGAUGGCCCAUCUCACCACCAAUGCCUUCACCCGUCGGUUCCUCACAGCUACCGCUCGUCCGACAGUCAACAAGCUCAACCUCUCAUCUACUCGGGCCGCUCUCUCCUCCCUGGCCCAAUACCCUCAGCAUCGAUCACCAAAAGCUCAGUCCUCCCUUAAGUCUGCCGCUCCCUUGAGUACAUUGAACUCUCGUCAAAUUCAAACUGCUGCCGACUCUUCCGCCGUCAAUCCCGAUAAAAUACCCUCGGACGAUGGCGAGAAAUUCAAGAUCACAUUGGACGCUGAUUACUAUCAGACCUACAAGUGCGAUGCUCCCUCGUUGGAGUUAGAGAUGACCAAGGCGGAGCUGGUGCAGAUGUACCGAUGGAUGGUGACCAUGCGAAGGAUGGAGAUGGCUGCGGAUGCGCUGUACAAGCAGAAGAUGAUCCGAGGGUUUUGUCAUCUUGCGAUUGGUCAGGAGGCCGUCAGUGUUGGGAUGGAGUCAGCCAUCAAGCCCGACGAUAAGGUCAUCACGGCUUACAGAUGCCAUCCGUUUGCGGUCUUGAGGGGAGGAACGAUCAAAGGGGUGAUUGCCGAGCUAUUAGGCCGGAAGGACGGAAUGUCCAGCGGCAAGGGAGGAUCGAUGCACAUCUUCACUCCCACGUUCUUUGGAGGAAAUGGGAUCGUUGGUGCCCAAGUACCCGUCGGAGCAGGCAUUGCACUUGCCCAGAAGUACUUGAACCAGGACGACAAACACGCCACCUUCAUCAUGUAUGGUGACGGGGCAUCCAACCAGGGACAGGUGUUCGAAGCUUUCAACAUGGCUAAACUGUGGAACCUUCCUGCCGUGUUUGUGUGUGAAAACAACCUCUACGGAAUGGGUACGAGUGCGGAACGUUCGAGUUCCAACACCAAGUACUUUACCCGAGGUGACCAAAUCCCCGGUCUUCAGGCCAACGGAAUGGAUGUACUUUCGGUGCACAAUGCGUGCAAGUAUGCCAAGGAAUGGACAACAUCGGGCAAGGGCCCUCUGUUGCUUGAGUUCAUCACCUACCGAUACGGUGGCCAUUCGAUGUCCGACCCUGGGACGACCUACCGAAGCCGAGAGGAGAUCCAACACAUGCGCAGCACCAACGACCCGAUCACUGGCCUCCGCAACCGAUUGCUCGAGUGGAACGUGAUCGAGGAGGCCGAGUUGAAGGCCAUUGAUAAGCAGGCUAAGGCUGAGGUCGAUGUGGCCGUCGAGGAAGCUAAGAAGAGCCCCGAGCCUAACCCGGAAACUGACAUGUGGACCGACAUCUAUUACAAGGGCACCGCUCCUAAGUGGAUGCGUGGACGCGAAAAAGAAGAAGUCCAUCGCUACAAACCGGAAGAGUGCAAAGACUUAAUGUAACUUGCCCCCCCCGGCCCGUUGCCUUGAGAGAAUCGGCUGUCGAGUUUGUUUGGCCCUUCAUGAAUAAUAGCCUCUCUCUUUUUGUUUUGUUUCAAAACAAAGAGCCCCCUCCCCUCAAAAAAAGAAAAAAAAGAAAAAAUACUACUUAGAUACACAACGCCCUCCUCACUUAUGGGAACGGCACCGUUUUUUUCUUGUUUGCUUAAUCCCAUCAUCUUCUUCUUUCACUGCUACUACUGCUGCUAUUGCUUCUCCUUGUUGUUUCUUCUAUGAAGUAAAGAAAUUAAAUGAGAUGUCUUGGUCUCUCUUUCUCUCCCUC